CGGGGCUGGGGCAGCAUGGCAGCUUCCUAGCGGCUCCAAGGAGCCACCUCUAGCCUCCGGUACUGGAACCACAGGCAGCGGCCGGCAGCAGCCAGCCUUGCAGCGGUGUGUUCUAGGUCAAUGGCUUCUAAGACUCCAGUUGGAUUCAUUGGACUGGGCAACAUGGGGAAUCCAAUGGCAAAAAACUUCAUGAAACAUGCUUAUCCGCUCAUUAUUUGUGAUGUAUUCCCUGAUGCAUGCAAAGAGUUUCAAGAGGCAGGUGAACAGGUAGUGUCUUCCCCAGCAGAUGUAGCUGAAAAGGCUCACAGGAUUAUUACAAUGCUGCCUACCAGUAUCAAUGCUGUAGAAGCUUAUUCUGGAACAAACGGAAUUCUAAAAAAAGUGAAGAAAGGCUCAUUAUUAAUAGAUUCCAGUACUAUUGAUCCUUCAGUUUCAAAAGAAUUGGCCAAAGAAGUUGAGAAAAUGGGAGCAGUUUUCAUGGAUGCCCCUGUUUCUGGUGGUGUGGGAGCUGCUUGGUCUGGGAACCUAAUGUUUAUGGUAGGAGGAGUCGAAGAGGAAUUUGCUGCUGCCCAAGAGCUGCUGGGGUGCAUGGGCUCCAAUGUGCUGUUUUGUGGAGCUGUUGGGACCGGGCAGGCUGCAAAGAUCUGCGACAACAUGCAGUUAGCUAUUAGUAUGAUUGGAACCGCUGAAGCUAUGAAUCUUGGAAUCAGGUUAGGGCUUGACCCAAAACUAUUGGCUAAAAUCCUAAAUAUGAGUUCAGGACGGUGUUGGUCAAGCGACACUUAUAAUCCUGUUCCUGCAGUGAUGGAUGGAGUUCCCUCUGCUAAUAACUAUCAGGGUGGAUUUGGAACAACACUCAUGGCUAAGGAUCUGGGAUUGGCACAAGACUCUGCUACCAGCACAAAGAGCCCAAUCCUUCUGGGCAGUCUAGCCCAUCAGAUCUACAGAAUGAUGUGUGCAAAGGGCUAUUCCAAAAAAGACUUCUCAUCUGUGUUCCAGUUUCUACGGGAGGAGGAGAACUUCUGAACAUGCCCUUUGGCCGUGGACAUUGUUGGGAACCAGACUAUCUUAGAGCCACCUCCUAGCUCACUCCACAAGUAAAUGGGUUUAAUCAAAGGUCAUCAGUCUCUUUUGAUUAUCUGUGUUAAGUACUCCCUAGGAUUUUCCACCCAUUUUUAACUGCUUAUUCUUCUUGUCUAUUUAGCAAACAUAUUACUGGGGGGAAAACUUUUUUUUUUUUCCUGCUGGCCACUGAUGGUUUCCACUAACUAGCUGAAUUAACCUUUUUAAAAAAGUUUGAUCUUUGAGUAUCUUCUACUAACUCGUUGAAUACUUUGAACAGAAAAUUUACUUAGCAAAUAAAAUAAAAUAUUGCCAAAUGUUUUGUUAAUAGGGUGAAACCCAUCUUAAA